AUGGCUAAUUCAGAGAGUUCAUCUGAGGAAGAAUGCCCCCCUGAUUGUCCACAUUGUGAAGGUUGUGACGAACACGUCGAUGAUGGAGAUUGGCAUUCGGAGAAAACAGGCCACUGUCAGAAGUGUGGAGAUGUAGUCGUCGCUCGAGAAGACAGAAACGAUAAGACUGAAGAGUACGAAACGAAAAGAGAUGACUAUCUGGUAAAAGCAAAUGGCACUUUGAGAUCGACCAAAGAUCUUGCCAAGCUGGAACAAGCUGAGGAAGAAGUUACAGAAGCUUACCAAGACCUCAUUGAAGCUAAAAAAGUCCUUAAAAAAGCCAAAGAGGAAGCGGGCUACUCUGACACUGAAGAUAGCAACGCGGACGACGAUGAGGAUUAUGUCCAUCCUAACUGUGAUGAGUAA